CAAAUAUCGUCAUAUUAUCAUACCUACUAUCGUUUAUUACUGUAUUGUUUUGAUGUCUUCUGCAGUCGGUCGUUGGUGUUACAAUAUCUUAGUUACAGUUGGCCGUUACUCGUAAGGUACUACCUACUUAUACAGUUUGCAACUUACGAGUUGUCUUCUUACAGUUACUACCUAUAUACAGUUUGUCAGUUUCCAAUUUACAAGUUACAGUUAUUAGUUAAUAGUUACUAUACAGCUGUCAGCUACUACAGAACUAACUAUAGGUAUAGUUAGUUCUUACUUAGUCCUGUCCUGUUGACUGGCGUGUUGUGGUAAGUAAUGAUUUUUUAAAUAUUGUUAGAGCUGUAUUCAUAUUUGAUGCUUAAAAAUAAGUAUUGCUUAAGCUAGUUUUCUUAAUUUAAAAAAUAAAAAAAUUGUGAUGAUAACUUAAGCAAUGCUUAAGGUAGGUCUCGACUAACCUUAAUUUAAGUACCUACCUUAUACUUUUUCCUUUCUUAAGCCAAACCCUCAAUCUCGUUUAUGAAUCUCAUUUUAGUUAUAAGUAUAUAGCUUUAGCAAUACUAUUUCUCCAACUAUGAAUACAGCCCUUAGUCUACGGCUUGGAACUUAAUGCUUUAUAAAUUUAGUAAAUAUAUAUACCAACAUGCAAUUAUGCAUGUAAUGUUACAAAAUGUGUACAUUAUAAGGUUAUGGACUGGAUUUAAAUCGCUAUAACAGCAAAUCCAAUAAACAAAAAAAAUAUGGAAAUGCAACUAGUUUCAUGCCCUAUAGGCUAUAAUAUAACUUAUUUAAUAUACUAAAGUAAUUUUACCAUUUUACAGGUGCAUUGUGCUUUUAAAAAUAUUGUAAAUUGAAUACAGCUUUAAAUAGAUAAAACCAUAAUAAAGUCACAAUGAGCCAAUCAUAUCAGUUACCAGACAACUGUUCAAAUGUAUUUGAUAAUAUCAGUGUAGAUGAGAAUCAACCGAUGGAUAUGUUAUCUCCAACAUUGGAAAAUAAUGAAGUUAAAGUCCUCUUAGAGUCAUGGGAUCUAGUGUUUCUGUAUCAAACUUGCAUAAAUCAUUAUAUUGAUAUGGCAGCGUUAAAAAACAUGCAAGUACAUCAUGUAGAAAAACUUUUAUUGUCUUAUCCACUUGGCAUAAUAAUAAAAUUUGAAACAAGUCUUAAGUUAUGGCAAAAACCACUAUUUGUUAAUAUCAGUAUGGAUCAGAAACAACAGAUGGAUAUGUUAUUUCCAACAAUAGAAAAUAAUGAAGUUAAAGUUAUCUUAGAGUCAUGGGAUCUAGUGUUUCUGCAUCAAACUUGCAUAGAUAAUUACAUUGAUAUAGCAGCGUUAAAGAACAUGCAAGUACAUCAUAUAGAGAAACUUUUAUUGCUUUAUCCACUUGGCAUAAUAAUUAAAUUUGAAAAAAGUCUUAAGUUAUGGCAAAAUACGUUUUCGGAAAAGGACAUAAAUACUUUGACCAAUAUAUCUGAUUCAUCAAUAACGUCAGCGUUACCUUUAUCUAUUCCUCAGUCAAAAACAUCAUUUUGUCUUGAAACUGUAUUUGAAGAAAAUAAUCAGUGUGCCUAUGUAAUUGAUUAUUUCCAUCAACAUAAUUGUUUAAAUGAUUCAUGCAGAUCAAUAAUUGUAACUGCUAUCAUAAAUCAUAUUAUAAAAGCAAAAAUAUCAAUGUCUAUUACUUUAGCAAAUGUUAUAGGAGACACAAUUGUUGCUAAAUUCCCCACUGAAUUAAAAGACAUAUACUUCAUUAAAGAUUCCAUUAAUAAAACUCCUAAAGGGAAAAUUUAUUCUAAGUACUUCAAUACCAUCAAACAACUACAAAACCAUGGUCUAGUUGAUAAGAAAAUAUAUCAGUCAACAGAAACAAAUUUGCCUACAAACCGAUCAUCAUCAUCAUUUGAUAAAAUGAUAGAAAUUGAAGAUGUCAGUAUAUAUAUUUCACAAUUGCAUCAUGAAGUACUUACAUGGCCUGAAAUAGAAACAAUAUGGUUGAAAACAACUAAUUAUAGAUUAAAAAAUAUUAAAGAGGAGGGAAAUAUUUUUCUUCAUUGGAAGCACUUUAAAGAACCAAUGGGAUAUAGACUUGUUAAUAUUGAUUUCAAAAAAAUGUAUCCUAACUGCAAUUUUAUUGAAAACUUUGAAAAAUCUCAGGCAAAUGUAUUAACUGUACUGAAAGAAAAAAUAAAAGACCCUAGUUCAAAAAAACAAUUAGAUGAAAUGUCAAAAACUGCACACUUAACUGAAAAUUGUAAAAAUGCUGUUCUAUUCUUCCUUCUUCAUUCGGUGUUUAUUCCAACAUCUAAAAAGACAACAAGAGAUGAAAAUGGCAAAAUUUCAUUGAAGAAGUUUUCAAUUCGAGAUUCUCAAAAUAGUUUUGUCAUAUUAGGAAAAACUAGUGCAGAAUUGGAGGAAUUAUUAUCUAAAAAAAAUACAAAAAUUCAACCAUGCUUGUUGAUAGUUGGUGAAAUUAAUGAUCCUAAACAAAUAAUGGUGUACUUCGAUGGCAUUAAAUAUAUUAUAAAUACCAUUGUAAAAGCCAUUGAAAUAUGCUUUAAUAUUUUCUAUGUUUUUAAUAUUGAAUAUCCGCUAGAAUCUUCAAACUUUUGGUUAUUUAUUCAAACAUACUAUUUUAAGAUUAAAACUAUUUAUGAUAAGCCUUGUAUACAAGUUAACCAAACAAUUUCCCAACUAAAAACUUACGAAAAAAAAAACAAUACUUAAUUAAAUGUAUUAGUUUCCGGUUAUUGGUUAACAAUUUGGGGUAAUUUUUAUACUUUUUUUUGUUCUCAAAUGUUAUCAUUAUUAUCUUUUA